AUGACCCUGACCCACAAAGCCCUUGUACUUCCCGAGCAGUUUGGAAAAUUCGUCGUCGCAGACUUCCCUCGCGAAGCGCCCGGUCCUGGCGAAAUCCUGAUUAAAGUGCAGUCAGCGGCACUAAAUCCCGUCGACUGGAAGAUCCAGAAAUGGGAUGGUUUGAUGGACGGAUACCCUGCCGUUUUAGGGAGUGACAUUGCCGGAGACGUUGAGGAGGUCGGAGAAGGCGUGAAAGAAUUCAAGAAAGGAGAUAGGGUCUUUGGUCAGGGAGAAUUCAGAAAGACCCGAGGCGCGUUCCAGCAGUACGUCGUAUCAUCUGCCUCAACGACAUCCAAGAUUCCGCCUAAAUUUUCUUACGAUGAAGCCUCCACGUUACCGAUGGCACUCACCACAGCUUAUUCGGGUCUUUAUAGCAAACCACCCAAUGGAUUUGGCCUCGAGGCUCCGUUGACCGACGCAGCUGUCGGUAAAUACUCGGGGAACCCCAUUGUCAUUUUUGGAGGUUCCAGUUCAGUAGGACAGUUCACAAUUCAACUUGCCAAAGUAUCGGGAUUCUCUCCUAUAAUUACAACCGCAUCUUUGAGGCAUGCCGACGCUCUUAAAGAUAUUGGUUGCACUCAUGUACUCGACCGUAACCUUUCUUCAGACGCACUCAAUGCAGAAAUUAGUCAGAUCACUACAAAACCCAUCCACCAUGUGUACGACUCAAUAUCUUCCGAUCUUACCCAACAAAUCGCUUUCGAUAUUUUAUCUCCCGGAGGUCGCAUCGUUUAUGUCUCAUUCCCCACUGUAAAAGCAACAGAGGAGAAGCAAAUUAAUUUUGCGUAUGCAAAGCUCACAAUACCUCCAAACACAGAGCACAUGCCUGCGUUCUAUCAUGACCAUGUCUACAGCUUCAUAGAAAAGGGUUGGAUCACUCCUAACAACAUUGAGGUCUUGCCCAACGGUCUUGCUGGAGUCAUUGAGGGCUUACAAAGGUUGGAGGCGGAUAAGGUUUCGAGGCUGAAGCUUGUCGCUCGUCCACAAGAAACAGAUUAA